AUGGCUAGCCUAGAUGUUGAUUCUUUAUUUACAAAUAUUCCUUUGCAAGAAACUAUAGAUAUUUGUACUGAUUCUUUAUUUUCAGAGACUGACCCAGUCAGUAAUUUUUGCAAAAGUGAUUUUCGUAAACUCCUCUCUCUGGCCACAGAAAAUUCUUAUUUCACGUUUGACGGUCAACUAUUCAAGCAAGUCGAUGGGGUAGCUAUGGGAUCACCUCUUGGCCCCAGCCUUGCUAAUGCUUUUCUUUCGCACCACGAAAAGACUUGGUUGGAUAAUUGUCCAUCAUCCUUUAAGCCAGUGUAUUAUAGAAGAUAUGUUGAUGAUGUUUUUGUGUUGUUCUCAUCUCCUAGCCAUUUGCCUCUACUUAAGGACUAUCUUAAUAGGCAACACAUCAACAUAUCUUUCACGUCUGAGUGCGAGGCCGAUAAAACUCUUCCGUUUCUUGACGUAUCUGUUUCUCGCAAUGAAUCGAAGUUUGUUACAUCUAUCUUUUUUCUAGGUUUCACUUAG